GUUGGAAAUUGGCAACCGUCGCGUUCGUUCGUUCCAGUGCGUACGUACUAACCGGAGUUCCACUUUUGCUAUGGCACAGGUAAAUUUGAGCGGCCUGUAGGAUGGCUCUGCCACAGCAAAACGGGCGCUAAACAGUGAAAGUGAGUAAGAUUUGUCAUCCAUCAGCCGGAUCGACUGGCUACUGUAUGAAGACAUCAAAGGUAGCAAGUGAAUUUUUUAGAUGUGCUAGUGUGUGCUUUGAGCGUAAAGGUGUGUGCGCAGUGAGUGAUCGUAACGAGUGAAGCUUAUCGUAAAAAGGUGGCAUAGAUAGAUGGUUAGCCUUCAUCGAUUUAGGGCGUGAAAAGUAAGAAUAAACAGUGCAAAACAUACGCCGAUCAACGACAAGCUUUGUCGAGUGUGUGUGAAAAAGUCUUUACCCGAAAUUGUGUUCCCGUUGUUUCUUGGUUGCUUUCGUGUAUCGGGGUGUGUCGAUAGAUCAACUGGCACGGUUUCACAUCGAGAGUCAUGCUUUGAUCCAGCCCAACACGGAUGUUGUACAAACAGCGACCGAAAACUGACGGCAAAGGUGAUUCCCAUCCGAGAGGCCUCGAAUGGGAACAACUCGAUGUGAACGUAGAUGGGGCCAUCGCCCAUUGUAGCCCUCGGAUCUGUGGCUGCGUGUAUGUGCGUGCGUGUGCGUACACCGUAGGGCGGUGAAAGUAACUAGCUGACGCCUUUCGCAUGUGCAAACACAGAGCUUCGGAAGCACCCGGAUUGGUCAUGUCUUAGAUGCAAGAGAAAUCUACCGGGCACAUCACAGCAAUAGUGCAAAAUCGCAAAUAUCAGCCCUCAGGUUUCGCUGUCGCGAGCUGGCAAAUCAACGUGAAGCUGGCGUACACGUGCAAAAACCUUGCAGCACAGCCAGCGUCAGUGAAAUAAAUAAAUUGGGUGAAACAAAACAAAAAAAAAGCCGUGGACCUAUCGAUCGGGUGCGCGGAUGCAUCGCUUUUGCUCUGCAGCUACACAAGUGACUUCAAAUUGGUAGCAGAAGCAACAGCAAAAAAGAACAGGAACACACCAGCAAGUGCUAGGUAUCGCUAACCAUCAGGUUGCCGGUUUGCUGAUACGGCAGGGCAGCAAGCCUUCCAGAUCGUUUAGCUUCGGCACCGAUAAGCCAAACAGGAUAGUUCCCUCAAUCGUUCGAGAUUGCAGCAGUCGGAAGCGCAACGGAGACGCCUGGCAGCAAUCGUUAAGCGCACUCGCGAAUUCGUGGCCGGAAGUGCGAACCUUUUGCCGCGGAAAAGCCCGAGUCCAUCCUGCGACGGGUGAUUGCAUGGUUGUUGUGCGGUGAAAAACAGUUAAAAUCACACAGCCACACACACACACACUCACAGCAGCAGUGUAAGUGUUUGUGACACAGUGCAGAGUGCAACAACGGCCUGAAAGUAACCCGGAAGGGAUGCACAUUUGCAUCCAGCAAAACUAAAAACCGAGUUAAGGCUCGAAGUUAGCCGAUCACGGUGAAGCUAGCAGGAAGGAAGAACGGAACCCGGAAAGCGCGACUGCUUUUCCUUUGAUCAUGCAAAGUGGACGAGAACGAGUGUUUCCUUUUACGUUUGCCCCGGCAGCACCUUGAGCCUGAGCGCCAGGGAAAAGUGAGCAGUGAACCAGCAACCAACCACCAUCACCAUGCGGGUGGCGAGAAUGUGGCUGUCUGUGUACGCGUGUGACCUUUACAGUGUAACCGCCCGGGCCGCAAGUCCGUGUGUGGUGUACGGGUAGUGGCCGGGUUUGUGCUAGUUGAGGUUUUCAAAACAGGGCAAAAAAAAAGGUUUCGCUCACGACGACCCCAAGUGCAUUCGAAGAUGCAGUGCAGCGAAAGAUAAAGCUCCACCCGAAACAGUGGAUGUGGUAUAGAGUGCAAUUGGCCGUAUGCAAAUGCCGUGCGCACAACGCGCUAUCUGUUCACUACGCUGCGCUCCUGUGAGUGAGCCAAUCCGAUCGACAGUGAAGGUGGGAGUGUGUGAGAGUGUGCGAAGCGGUUGGGUGGAAAGUGUUAAAAGAAAAGGAAAGAAAACAACUUAAAAAAAGUGUUUGCCGUCUGCCCGGCGGUGCUAUCCCCGGUGAACGGCCGGAAGCGAGUGAACCACCCGAUCGAGCUCGAAACCAACGCGGGACGGUGGGGAGAGCCCGAGAAACAACCCGGAACAGGAAGCGGAACAGAUUACGGCAACGACAGCGGGAAAACCCACCGAGCGGGACACAGCUUUCCCUCCCGAGUGGCUGAGCGCAUUCAAAAUGACAAUGACGAAGGCACACAUAUUGUGCAUCUUGUGGAUGAUUAUUUUCUUCUGCUCGAGCAGCACAGUCAAUGCAGCACAACGAGAAACGAUACCGAAGCAGCAGCAUACCACAUCAACGAAAGACAACAGCAACCAAGGACAGCCGAAUUUGCUAGCCGGCAGCAGCAGCAGUAGUAGCGGCAGCAGUAGUAGCAGUAGUAGUAGUAGCGUAAGCAGUAGUUCUAGUGUAAGCAGCAGCACAAGCACCAGUGCUGGCAGUAGCAGCAGUAGCAGCAUAAGCACCACCAGCAGCAGCAGCAGCAGCAGCAACAGUGCUGCCGGUAGCGCAUCCGUCGGUGGUAGUAGCAGCAGCAGGCCAACCCACGCAGAAACGACGGCCCUGCCGACGGAACAGUCCCGCGUUGGGCCGUACUUUGACGUGGCCGCCUCCAAGAACGUUACAGCGUUGCUCGGCAAAACUGCGUAUCUCAACUGUCGGGUUAAAAAUCUCGGCAACAAGACGAUGUUGCUGCAGGUGUCCUGGGUACGUCACCGGGACAUUCAUCUGCUGACAGUUGGCCGCUACACGUACACUUCCGAUCAGCGGUUCCGGGCGAUACAUCAUCCCCACACGGAAGACUGGAGCCUACAGAUCAAGUACCCGCAGCAUCGCGAUUCCGGCAUCUACGAGUGUCAGAUUUCGACGACACCCCACAUGAGCCACUUCGUGCAUCUCAAUGUAAUCGAACCCUCGACCGAGAUAAUAGGCGCCCCGGAUCUGUACAUUGAGAGUGGAUCGACGAUAAAUUUAACCUGCGUCGUCAAGGAUUCUCCCGAGCCGCCAGCUUACAUUUUCUGGAACCAUAACAAUGCGAUUAUCAGCUACGAUUCACCGCGCGGUGGCGUCUCGGUCAUUACCGAAAAAGGUGACACGACAACCUCGUUCCUGCUCAUCCAGAACGCACGGCCAUCGGAUUCCGGACAGUACACGUGCAAUCCGUCCAACGCCAAAAGCAAAAGUGUCACCGUGCACGUCCUAAACGGUGUUUCCCAUUCCGUUUCCAGGGGAGUACCCAGCAGCAAUGCAGCGCGCGGGACAACCGCAUCAUCGCACGCCACUCAACCAUCCGCUUUUGGUGCUGGCUUCGGCGCUUGUCUCGUCCUUGCUCUGCUCCAUCGGUAUGCUGCGGCUACCGAGCCCAUCCGGUGGGCGUUCGGGCCCGAACACUCGCGCCCACUCGCAGCGGCCGCCAAGAAUGUCUUUCGUCUCGUCGUAGUCUGCUUGCACCGAAGCGUACUAAUAUGCGUCGCCACCAUUGCACGCACCCGACUGUGCUGCGGGACGCGGUCCACCUUCCUGGCGCGCCUGAGGCUUCCCGCGCAACUGCGCCACCCCUUACUUCACACCGCGCCGCACCGAACGUGCCCUCCCUUACCGUUGACGUUGUGGUCGACCUCGCUCGGCGACGGCUUUUCCGCCCCAUCGCACAUACGAGACCGGUGGGGAAAGUCAACCGCACACGCACCCCUCUGGUACCAUCACAAUCACCGAUGGCGGACCGCGGAACCGCCGGCACUAGACGCCCUAGACUAUCGAGCGUGUGUGAGCUGCAGUCAAAACUCAACUUCAACAAUUGCCCGACGGCGGUUAAGGAUCGCCGGCGGCCAUCCCUGCACCGUUCGAUGAGAGCGUGUUCUUUUCUGUACUCUUACAAACACACACACACACACCCACACGCCACUCUCACAACCACUAAUGGCACUCUUUGUUAUCUUUCCAUGAAGGCUUAAAGUCCUUCCAGCCAGCCACCCCUUUUCUCGAGCUGUCCGAAGUUGAGCCGAUCACUUCCUUCACGAUCAUGUAGAUUGUAAACGCGGUUACGCUAUCAAACAAGCAGACACAAAGAGAUGUAAAACCGAUCGUGAACAAAAUCGCGUUACAAAAGCAGUUAAGCUAUGUCCGGCAGUGCAGUAUCAGCGCCACAUCACUUGGAAAUAGUAAAAAAAAAAAACAAACCCACUACCAUCACCACAAACUCACCGUUUGUGGGGCGUCUGCUGGUGUAGGCUGUAAAUUUACUCUAGCAAGCAACUCCGAGCGUAAUACUUGCACAUCCAACCAUCUACGGUAGACGUCGGAAUGAGAAUCCCCCAUUUAAUCAUACUGCUAAUUGUGAGAUUACAGACAGGAGUGAAAGAAUAAAUAUUAAAAACAAAACAAACUCUCUCACACACACAAUGCCGAAAGUAACUGCGUGACCUAAUAACGAUCGUUCGAGAGUGCUUAUGAACGUAAAGUGACCGAACGGCCAGAAGGACAGACAGGCUGGAGAAGAAGAGAGUUCAGUGGGUAGUGGGACAACAUUACAUCUAACGUGUAAGUUAAGCAAAAGUCUGUUAAACUGAUUUAUCUUUAGGUAUCUCUUAUAUAGUAUUAAAGUAAGCAAAGGCAGAAAAGGAAACACAUUCGGUAACCGCGUGUUUGCCGUCACUAGGAUAAUGCAAACGUUACCGGCCGCAGAUACUGCGAGGCGGCAAACGUUCUAAGUACAUUUUAAGACAUGCCAUGGACGAUGAUCCGGUGCCGGUUUGAAAGUGUAGCUGAAAAUGGGGCGGGAAUGGGGGUAAGAAAUGCUAGAAAAAAAAUGGUAGCAAACAUCCGGGUGGGACAGACUUUAGAUAAAAUAAAAUUACAAACAAAAAAACCAUCCCGCUAUUCACAACAGCCAACAUCCCCCUGGAAGUAUGUAAAUCAAACUGCAAACAAGAACAUGUCCUCCAAACAAGCAAAAACACGCUAUAAAACAAACGUUGUCUCUCGGAAAAGUCGGAGAUGCGUACGUCAGUAGCUAACGCAUGGUCAAACCAAAGGUUAGUCAAAUGAAGGAGCGCGAAGGAGCAAAAAGUUAAUACAAAAAAAAGGAAAGGGUCAUUAAUUGCUUUUGUUAAGUGUUGAACAUCAACAGGCACUCUAGACAAAUGGGUAGUAAGGUCAUAAGAAAAGAAAACAAAAACGCUGGAAACAGAGAGAUAGAAACGUUAUUAAGUUAAUUUUAAACACUCGUUAAACUAUGAUAAAAUAUAACAAGAGGAAACCAACAACAACAAAAAAGGUAAAAUGCGGAAAAACAUCCGGAAAAAAAGGAGCGAGUACACGAAAUAUUAUUGGAAUAAUUGAGUGAUAUUUUUCAUAUUUCGAACAUCCCCCUGUACACGGCAACUGGCUAGCGUUGGAGAGGCAGCGCUCGUCGGCGGUUAAAUGUGGAUUUAAAAAAUCUAUCUCAAUCUCACACCUGUCUCACAAAAAAAAACAGACACACAACAACGGGCAUAAAAAAAUCAUCCGAACAGCAACAGAAUCCAUCAUCAAACUGUAUCACACACGCAGAGAUACACCCACAUUCACACUGAACCAUAACCGUAUUUCCAGCAGAAAAUAGUAAAUGAAAAAGAUUUAAAUAAUGACAUAAGUAACGAGGAAAGCAGCCCUUGUUUUCCUUCAUGCAUCUCACGGGUGUGCGCUGUAGAUGGUAAUAACGCUUUGCAUCGAACAGAACGAAACACGAAACCCAAACACAAUGAAACUGUCUGUACCGCGUGUUGGUGUGUGUGUGUGUGUGUGUGUGGGUAGGGAAUAGCAUCGAGAACCUGUGUAAGUCCUCGUUUCGAGCACUCAUUAUCGGCCAACAUAUGAGCGUUCAAAUGACUGGAGAAAUUAAAAAAAAAUCACUCCCAUCCACACACACACAACACGUGGAUGCAGUCAAAGUUGAUGGGGAGGGGGUUUUGUGUGAAACAUAUUAAAAAAGCUCCUGAGAAAAAUCAUGUUUUCAUUGCACUGUCCAAUGAUCACUGGCCAGUCGAUGAAUUUAAUCAGGAUCAACCUGAACACUGAAGCGCAACACGAUGAACAGAUGAAUAUAUAACUGCACUUGUAACCGUUUCACCGAACCGAGUGCAGGUUGCAAAUAGUGGCGGUGUUGGCUGGCCGUUCAAAGUGAGAGAAAGUGAAAAGCAAAAUGGAAAGCGAAAGAGAAAGAGAGAGAAAAAAAA